CAUCGCUAAGCUCAAGGACCAGCCAAUUGUUGAUUUUCAGCGUCCAUCGAACGGACUGGCUCUACUACAUCGCCCACUGUUUCGUUAUAAUGAACACGCAACUUGUAUUGGCCGUCGGGGCUUUCGCAUUAUUUGCCCAACUCACGAUCACCUUGAUACGAUGGUUUCGAUCUCCCCUUCGUUCAGUGCCUGGGCCGUUGCUGGCCCGCUUCACAAACCUUUGGUACUUUUAUCGCGUUAAGAGAGGCAACUUCGAAAAGGUCAACGUUCAGCUUCAUGAGCGAUUCGGCCCAAUCGUUCGUUACGGUCCAAAUCGAUUUAGUUUCAGCGACGCCGAGUCACCCAAGACAAUCUACGGUCAUGGGACGCAAUUUCCAAAAUCGGACUUUUACACCACUUUCCAGCCGAGCGAGGACAUGUGGAACAUGUUUGCGGACCGGGACAUCAAGCACCACGCCCACACCAGGAGGUUCUAUGCCAACGCAUACUCGAUGGGCUCCCUUAUUCACUACGAGCCCUACCUGAACGAGUGCGGCGCCCUCUUCUCCCAACGUCUUCUCGAGUUUUCCAAGGCCGGAACUGCGGCUGACUUCGGUCACUGGUUUCAGUGUUUCGCGUUCGAUGCCAUCGCCAUGAUGACGUACGGAAAGCGUCUCGGGUUUCUGGAUCGAGGAGAGGAUAUUGCCAACGUCAUCGACAACCUCGACAACAACCUGCUAUAUGCGAGCUUGAUGGGAAUCUUCCCUGCAUUGCACAAGUUCGCUAUGCCGUUGCUGGCCAUGCUCGAUGCUCGCAUCGGUAGCGGCACGGGUAUGUAUGUGAUCGACUUCACCCGGAAGACGAUCGAGGACGAGCGAGCUUCGCCAAAGUCAGUCACCGAGGCCAAAUACCAAGAAGACGGCGCGGCUGUCGGUGAGACUUUUCUCUCGAAGUUUCUCGCCAAGCACUCCAACAACCCCGAUGAAUAUAACAAUUUCCACGUUCUCACGGGAUGCGCAUCGAACAUGUUCGCGGGCUCCGACACCACCGGCAUCAGCCUGUCGGCCAUUCUGUACAACCUUCUCAAGAACCCAGACAGCAUGGGGAAGCUGCGCGAGGAGAUUGACGACUUCACCCGCCGUGGCGAGCUUUCGCAAGCGCCCUCUUUCAAAGAGACUCAAAAGAUGCCCUACCUUCAAGCUGUCAUAAAAGAGGCGCUGCGUGUCCAUCCAGCAGUGGGAUUGCCAUGGGAAAGGGUCGUGCCCGAAGGUGGCGCCACUAUUGGUGGAAGAUUCUUUCCAGAGGGGUCCAUAGUGGGCAUCAACAGCUGGGUCCAGCACAGGAACAAGGCACUGUUCGGAGAGGAUGCUGAAUACUUCCGUCCCGACCGAUGGUUAAUUAGUGACGAGGCCAGAUUGUCCGUGAUGAACAGGAACUGGAUGCCCUUUGGCCUGGGGUCAAGGACCUGCAUGGGAAAGAAUAUUUCGAUGCUGGAGAUGUCAAAGCUCAUUCCUAGGAUCAUCCGCGACUUUGAAUUCAAGCUCGAAGGCACUUCUGCCAUGCCUGGUUGCUCUUGGGAAACCCACAACGCUUGGUUUGUCAAGCCGCGCAAGUUUUAUGCCACGGUACGGUCCAGGAAGACGGCCUAGGAAAGGCAUUGCGUAUCUGAGUUGGCCCUGUCACCGGUUUUUGCAACCAGUUCGCCAUUUAAAGUGGCACUCUUCACGAGCAUUCUGAAUCAUAUCGAUGUAGACCUACUUAAGACCAAGGACACAAAUUUUGUUGCGGGAAAGGAAUGGAAGAAGUUGUUUCAUGGAAGAGCAUCCAUGAAUGUUUGACAAAAAGCUUUUGUACAUGUUGCAGGAACACCGCCUUUCCUUUUCAUUCAUACAUUGUCCCUGUGCCAGCGCCUCCUCUGUCACCUCGGAUACUUUCGUCUGAUCGAGUCGGUAUGUCGUUUGUUUGUUACAAUCCUCCGUUCCUAAACAGAACCCCUUGC